AUGUUGCUCAUUCACCCCGCCUCGACUUGCGACAUCUGCUUGGAACCAUACGAUCUGGCUUCGUGUUCACCGUACGCGGUCCCAUGUGGUCAUAUAUUCUGUCUGUCAUGCUUGGACAAACUCGAGCCGGAGAAUCGUAAAAGGUGUCCCCUUUGCCGCACUAGGUUCGACGUCCCAAAAAAGCUUCGAGUCGACCGAUUUGUGCCCAGUGACGGUCAGGACCCAGUUCUAGAAGCACAAGAGAAUGAGCUCCUCCAGCGCGUGGCCUUCGUGUUCGGAGAAUACACACCGGAAGAGGAGGUCAAUGCUGUCAAGGCAGAAGUGCAUGAAUGGCUUUCCCAACACCCUCCAACUUCGCGGACGAGAAACUUGCCCUCGACGAAUCAGUCCUCGCAUCGGGCCUUACGAUUUGCAGUCGCGGGAUUGCAAAGGUACAAGAACCUGCAACAAGAGACUGCGGAUAGCAAGGAAGCCAUUGAACAGAUGCAACAUCAGUUUGAGCGGUCUCUGGCUGUCACUCAACAGGAUUUGAGGACGGCGCGCGUGGUCGAAACUAGUAUGGUCAAGGAGAUGCAGAUUAUGCAGACGCGAAUUUCUCAAAAAGAUUCUUCAAUAGAAGGCUUCCGUCUGCAGCUGCAAAAAGAGCGGGAUGCGAAUGAGACUUUCAAACGGGAGCUGACUAAGAACAGGAAACCAUCCAACUCCCAGCUAGCACCGUUCAACGGUGCGUUCUCUUCAGCUUACAGCUCAAGAUCUGUCUGGGUCGAAGACCCUCCUACGCCAGAAACUGUCCAGCCCAUGUUACCGAACACAGGCGCUGGACCAUCUGUCUCCUAUCCCGGGUCUUCGCGUUAUGGUGACAAGGGGUCCACGGAGACAUACGCAGGUCCUUCAAUUGAUUCUUACUCGCGAGACAAUCCUCCAGCCGACACAUUGUCUGUGGACGACGAGGAGAGGCCAGUGUGGCGAACUCGACCGAUGACGACGACCAGAAGCUCGUCUAGUGUCGGUAUCGGGAGCAUGCCCUUGUUACAAAAUCCUCCAAGUGAGUCCCGGUGGCGUGCGGCAUCAGAGGGCGUCCAGGAUGCUACCUUCGAAAUCGGACUUACUCCAAGGCCUGUGGACGUGUCUCCCGCUUCGACGUGGGGCACUGUGACAUCGCGUUCGUCCUUACAAUUGUCAGACGCGCCCUCGACACAGUCCAGCAUGAAUCUGAACGUGGCAGCACUACCGGGGGCCCUGAGGGUGUUCCCGCGUGAUGAAGCUGCAUAUAUGUCACAGCAGAUACUAACUGAUGGUCAGGCGUCGAUCCAUGACUCCCCCAUCCAGGUGCCGCCACCUUAUCAGCCAUCCAGCAUUCCAUGGCGUGAGCAGGCCUACCCGGGUCGGCGCUCUCGUACAGAUGCAGACAGGCGUGAACUUAUGUCUACUAGAGAACGUCUUCCUGUGCGGGAUCACGGUCCUGCUACAUCCCAGGAACGUAUUGCAGGUCCUCAGAGGCGUCAGAUCGUCGAUCCUCCCCAACAACCCUGGCAGAGAGUUCCUUCACGGAGCGAGAACACUAAUCGCGACCAGGAGCGUUUCGUCGGAAGGGAUAGGGUUACCAGGAACAACCUUUCUGGUCGGACAGAAGCUCCCAGCUCCACACAAGAUGGUGGCCAUCGACGCGAUUAUAUCUCAGCCAUAGAGGAUGCAGAGCAGAGUAACCGUUAUGGCCGUAGGACACCGCGGGACAGGAACAGUUCGGGUCCAUCCAUGUUGUCAGCGACGUCCGAACCGCCUCCAUCAGAGGCGGGACUGGGCUUGUCCCUAGGUUUUUCUGCGCAGCACAUGGAUGUCAUUAACGGAAACGAGGAUCUGCCCACGGCCAGUCAGUCGUCGACGCAAUAUGCCAACCCAACGAGGGCCGUCUCCGCAAGUACUCCCCAUCCUCGUAGCUCCCACGAUUCACGACACUCCUCCGAGUCGCGUACGAAUGUGCAGGAGCGGGAUACUGGUGGUAGCGCUCGUGAGGUGACUUCAGGACACCGCGCGGUGCCUGCAAUAUAUAGCUCCCACUCUUCGCGACGCUCCUCCGAGUCGCAUACGAAUUUGCGAGAGCAGGAAAUCAUUGGGAGCGCCCGAGAAGUGACCUCAGGACCGCGCGCAGUUCCUGCGAUCUACGGUUCCUCAGGGCCUUACCCUUAUCACCAGCCGUACAAUACACAGAACCACCACGCGCACACAGGAAGGUCUGUGUCCGGCAGUGCUGCCUCGGGCAGCACCUCACGGAAUCGGACCUACAGCGGCAGCGUCACGGAUUCGGAGUUGGCUUACACGCACUGUGCGAGCGACAGCCGUCGCUCGCUCCCAGUUAGCCGCCAGUCGUCGAACUUCGUGUCCGCGACGAGCGCAGGAGGCUCAUCCGGGAGCCAUAUUCCGCGCUCGAGCCAGCCAUCUGUGAUCUCCGACCGCAGCCACCACGAAGGGCCGUCCUCCUCUUCUCGCCCUCCCAGUGAGGGCCGUAGAAGCCAUGGACCUGUCUACCCUACUCCUCAGGCGUAUUCCGCUGCUCCUGUCCCAGUUGUUGCCGGCUACGGUGCGCCGGUUGGGCAGGGAUCACUCUUGUUCCAGUAUGCGCCUGCUUAUCCAUACCCUCCGAUGGAUGCUGUAGCCAAUAUGGGCGAGGAGACUGCGAUCCGCGCGCCGCGCCCCGUGCCUAGCCGCGCGGGUAGUUUGUUCGGCGGGCUGCGGAAUUCGUGGAAUAGCGGACGGCAAUGGUCGUAA